CAAAAUCAUAAUAGUCAUUUCUCUCUUUUUCUUUUUUUAAAUGAAGAACAACAGAGGAGUAGCACAUCUAAUUUUGGACAUUAAAACCUCAACAGAAUGAACGUCAUCCUCUUCUCCUCAGUGCUGGGUGCAGCUGCUUUUGUUCUCCAAGCUGCUGCAGUUGAAGAGUCUCUGGGGGCCAGUGUGUCUGUGAGGCCUCCGGGGUCGAGCCUCUACCUCGGCGAGUGUGUGCUGCUGCAGUGCUCAGCGGUGUCACGCUGCACUUUUGUGAAGAGCUACCGGUGGUACAGGUCCAAACCACACACUGCUCCGAACCCCAGGCACCUGGUCUCUGGUGACAGCUACUUCAUCACCGCGGUAACAAGGGCGGACACGGACAGGUACUGGUGCCAAGCCGAGUGUCGGAAGAACAAGACCGUGUUUGUGGUGAAUGCCCGGCCGCUUGAACUCAAUGUGUCAGAGCUGCUGCCUCCCUCGCUGUCUCUGACUCCCAACAGCAGACAGAUGCUCAGAGGGGAGCGUUUCACUGUGCAGUGCCCUGCUCUUGAGACUAACUCCUCGGGUUGGAAGCUGAUGCAUUUCUCUCCAGACCGUGCGGUGGGGACCAGAGUCUUCAAUGUCCACUCUUCGCCACCAGGGGGAGGUGUCAGUGGAAACAAGUCUGAAGCGUUUGCCUUCAUUGCUUCCAGCAGGAACAGUGGACUGUACUGGUGUGAGAACGCUGAGGGCCGCAGCAAUGCAGUCAACAUCACAGUAAGCUACGGUAACAUCGUUUUGAAGACUCCGGCCUUCCCUGUAUUUACAGGCGAUGAAGUUGUCAUGUCUUGUCAGUACCGGACAGCAAACCACAAUUCAACAACCUUCUUUAAAAACGAAGCAGAAAUUGACACUUACAGUUCUUCCAGUUCAGACAGAGUAAUAAAGAUGACCAUUAAGAAUGUGACACAGGAAGAUGAAGGCUUCUACAAGUGCGCCUCCCGCGACAGAAAAAUGGAGAGUCCAGAGAGCUGGUUAUCAGUGAGAACUGACAGAGGCAACUUCACAAAAACCAAAGGGACACCAGCCUCCACUAGUGGUUCCUGGAAAUGGAUCAUUCUUUCAUUUGCUGUUGUCCUUCUGUUCCUCAUUCCUCUAAUUGUUUGGCUAGUUCGUCACUACAGGUACCAGAGGUUUUGCACUCGUAGCUGCUGGCCACUUUCCAAACAGGAAGUACCAGCACAGGCGUUCCCUGCAACCAAGCAGGAUGUGACAGAAGUGCAGUGGGACCUGUCCUGGAUGGAGAUGUCCAAUCUGUUGGAUAAGUAGCUGUAUCCUGCCACUGAAAGGAUCUCUCUAAUCUGAAGCAUAUAGACAGAACUGAAUAAUGUGAAACCCAUGAGAUAGUUCAGGCAGUGCUGCUUCGAGCACGAUAUAAGAACAGUUUGUCAUUUUUCAAGGGGUGCCACAAGGAUCUGUUCUUGGCCCGUCACUUUUUAAAUUUAUGUUAAUGACCUGCUUAAGAUUUAUAAAGAUGUGUCUGUUUGCUGAUGGUACAAAUCCUGUAGCUUCACACACAGAUUGUAGUACACUAAUACAAAAGGUUAAUACAGAAUUGGUGCAAAUCUUUAUGUAUUUCAGUUGAACAAACUUUAAUAUUAAAAUGGCAAGCUUUAUAAUAUUUCCAUAUUUAUACUUUUUUCCCCCACUCUGUUUUACUUGUAAAAUUCACAUUGAAAAUAUGUUUCAAAACUUAAUGAAAAUAGUUGUUACAAAGUUUAUUCCCUGAUCUACCUUCCUGUUAUUUAAUUGUGUAUUACAUUAGAAUUUACUCAUAUAGUAAAUAUUACAAAUUGCUUGGGGUGCCAGGAACUUAUCUUGUUGUAACAAGAUGAUUCAGAAGACGUUGAUGAAAUAAUCAGUUAAUGACUUAUCCGUCCCACAGUUUAUGAAAUGUAACUUAUUGACUCAUCAUAAUGUUAAUAUUUAUUUUGUUAAGUAUUUACUUCCUGGCAUUUUCCAGAAAUGUUUAAUUCUUAGAUUCACAUCAAAUUCUCUGUCCUUCAUGUCUGUUCUACCAGGUCUUCAAGGGAUUGCAGUUUGCCAAUGUCGCACUUCUCAAAAUCAAUAUUUCAUUAGAUGCAGAGAUCCCUCUCUUGGGAACAAUUUGAAAUAGAAUAUAAAGUCAUCUGCUUCAUUAUACGGCUUCAAGACUAAAGACUGAAAACAAAACAGUGUAAAAUUACCUUUUGUUUUUAUUCAGUAUUUGUCUCGUUUAUUGAUUGAGAUUCAGCCUUGUAUGUUCCUUUUAACUGCUUUUAUUAAUUUGUUUGUUUUGUCUUGUCUGAUGUUUAUGAUUAUACUUGA